AUGGAUUCUAAGGAGUUGACGUUGGACCCGAGCAUCGAUCCCAAUUUAGAUUUCCAGUUUGGUCAGCCGGUUGAUAUUCCUAUCCCAAUGAGAACUGAGCCCAAUGAGGCCUUAAAGGCCAAGAGCAGUAUUGCGUCUGCUUCGUCAGAUGAUAUGUCGUGGCCACAUGAUAAUUGCUGGAGAAGCUCCCGUCCCAUCGAGCCUACAGUCUUGGUCAUAGUAUCAGUCCUAACGCCAAGCUUUGUGACUGCCCCAGCACUCCCAACUACCUGGCCAGCCGAGCAUGCUAUUCUUGUUAGACUCACGGUACUUGAAGCUUCUGUUUACUUGGCUGACACGUCGCCUAUCCAGUACAUUCCGGACUGUGCAAAGCGGUGCCCUUACUGCCCAUGGAAGACUGAAAGGAAGGCAAAGGUCGGAAACCCGGCACCCAUGAUGUGUCGACACGUGGGCCAGUAUCACCUGGAAAGCAACAACUAUCCCGGUAUUGCCAUUGACCCGCGACGUGUGUCUUUGAAGAGAGAGUACGAAGGGUACGAACUCACCCAAGGCGGUCGUCCGACACUCGAGAAGACUCCCCAGCAGACAUAA